AUGGAUAAAUCAUUCACAAUUGUUUUAAAGCUAGGUUCAUCCUCGUUGGUAGACGAGACUACUAAGGAACCCAAACUAUCAACUAUGUCACUUAUUGUAGAGACUGUUGUUAAAUUGAGGCGCAUGGGCCAUAAGGUUAUCUUAGUUUCUUCUGGUGGAAUAGCAGUUGGUAUGAAGACCAUGGGUUUGAAUAAGAAGCCAAAACGGCUUUCGAAGUUACAAGCAGUUGCAGCUGUGGGACAAGGAAGGUUAAUUGGUCGGUGGGAUUCGUUGUUCAGGUUCUUUGAUCAGAGAAUAGCUCAAAUACUGGUUACAAGAAAUGAUAUAUUAGAUUGGGGACAAUACAAGAACGCCCAAAACACUAUUCGCGAACUCCUUCAGAUGGGAACUGUGCCAAUUGUGAAUGAGAAUGAUACCUUGUCAAUUCGGGAGAUAAAAUUUGGUGAUAAUGAUACGUUGAGUGCAAUUACUGCGGUACUUGCAGGUGCUGAUUACCUAUUUUUGUUGACGGAUGUUGAAUGUCUCUACACUGAUAAUCCGAGAACAAACCCUGAGGCCAAACCAAUAUUAGUUGUUCCAGACUUAUCGAAGGGAUUGCCAGGCGUUAACACUUCUGGUGGUUCUGGGUCUGACGUCGGUACAGGUGGUAUGUCUACGAAGCUAAUAGCGGCUGAACUUGCUACCAAUGCCAGUGUCCAUACUAUAAUUAUGAGCAGUGAAACGCCUUCUAACAUUUAUAAAAUUGUUGCGUUUAUGCAAACUAGAGUUCAAGAAGUUCAGGAUGUCGCCGAUGAUCUGGAACGACUUCAGCUAGAAGAACUAAACGUGUUGGCAGAAAACGAUGUCCCGAUGCAUACUAGAUUCAUUGCAAAUGAAAACCAAAAUCAUCUAAAAGAGAGGGAAUUUUGGAUGUUGCAUGGUCUAGUAAGCCAAGGUGCAAUCAUUAUCGAUUCAGGCGCUUACAAGGCUUUAACUCGUAAGAAUAAAGCAGGUCUACUGCCUGCCGGCAUGAUUGCUGUAGAAGGUAAUUUCCACGAAUUGCAAGCUGUGGAUUUAAAAUUAGGAAAACGGGGGAAAGAUGGUGAAUUGGAUCCCAAUGUUCCACUGCAAAUUGUCGGCAGGGCCCGUUGCAAUUACACCAGUAUUGAACUAGAUAAAAUCAAAGGAUUGAAAAGCAACGAAAUCGAGCUAGCGUUAGGGUACGCAGAUAGCGAAUAUGUUGCACACAGGCAUAACCUAGCAUUCCCGCCACACUAA